CAUCCGUUACGGAUAAUAAAAUGGUCGUGUAAUUUUGAGGACAGAAGAACGUAAUAAGAACUGACGCUCUUUUUGCUAAAACUAUCUCAAACGUGAAGUGUCCGAGUUCCUUGGACGAUCAAAAUGACCGCAAUACCUGGUACUGUGGCCUUUGAUGAAUUCGGUCUACCCUUUAUUAUCAUCCGUAAUCAAGAAAAGCAAAAACGUCUAACCGGCAUUGAUGCUAUCAAGUCACAUAUUCUGGCAGCCCGUGAUGUAGCCAAUAUUUUAAAAACCUCUUUAGGUCCUAAGGGCCUUGAUAAAUUAAUGGUUAGCUCUGAUGGUGAUGUUACUGUAACAAAUGAUGGAGCAACAAUCUUGAAGAAUAUGGAUGUGGACCAUGAAAUUGCAAAACUAAUGGUUGAAUUAUCUCAAUCUCAAGAUGAUGAAAUUGGAGAUGGUACUACUGGAGUAGUGGUCUUGGCAGGUGCUCUGCUGGAACAGGCCGAACAAUUAUUAGAUAAAGGCAUCCAUCCGAUUAGAAUAGCAGAUGGUUUUGAAAUGGCAGCAAAAUGUGCAACAGAUCACUUAGCAGAGAUUGUGCAUGAUUUUGAGGGCAGUCCAGAAAACUUAGAACCUUAUAUAAAAAUUGCAAUGACAAGUCUUGGUUCCAAAAUUAUCAACAAAUGUCACAGGCAAAUGGCAGAAAUAGCUGUAAAUGCUGUAUUUGCAGUUUUAGAUCCUGUUGCACGCGAUGUGAACUUUGAAUUGAUAAAAGUAGAAGGAAAAGUGGGAGGCAGAUUAGAAGAUACUGUUCUAGUUCGUGGUGUUGUUAUUGACAAAGACUUUAGCCAUCCUCAAAUGCCUAAGAGGUUGGAGGAUGUCAAAUUAGCCAUUUUAACAUGUCCAUUCGAACCACCGAAACCAAAAACUAAGCAUAAGUUGGAUGUUACCUCAGUUGAUGAUUAUAGAGCAUUACGUGAAUAUGAACAAGAAAAAUUCACAGAGAUGGUGAAAAUGGUGAAGAAUGUUGGUGCAACCCUUGCAAUUUGUCAAUGGGGAUUUGACGAUGAAGCUAAUCAUCUCCUCCUUCAAAAUGGAUUACCUGCAGUCAGAUGGGUUGGUGGCCCAGAAAUUGAAUUAAUAGCUAUUGCCACGGGUGGUCGUAUUGUACCUCGCUUCGAAGAAUUGACACCGGAAAAACUUGGUCAUGCAGGUGUUGUUAGGGAACUAACAUUUGGAACUACUAAAGAUCGAAUGCUCGUUAUCGAAGAAUGCAAGAAUUCUCGCGCAGUUACCAUCUUUAUCCGUGGUGGCAAUAAAAUGAUCAUUGAAGAAGCGAAACGUGCUAUUCAUGAUGCAUUAUGUACAGUUCGUAAUGUAAUCAAGAAUCAGAAGAUUUUGUACGGAGGCGGUGCCGCUGAAAUUUCUUGUGCUCUUGCAUGUGCAGCAAAAGCCAAUAAGAUCAGCACCUUAGAACAGUAUGCCUUCCUUGCGUUUGCCGAAGCCCUGGAAGCUAUACCUAUGGCACUUGCUGAAAAUUCUGGCCUUUCACCUGUAAAUACUUUAGCUGACAUUAAAGUAACACAAUUGGCUGAAGGAAAUGCUAUUUUUGGUGUAGACUGUUUAAACCGUGGUACUUCCGAUAUGCAAGCGCAAAAUGUUAUCGAAACAUUAACGAGUAAAACACAACAGAUUCUAUUGGCUACACAACUGGUCAAAAUGAUACUUAAAAUCGAUGAUGUACGUUCGCCAAGCGAUGCCAACAGCGGUGCCUAAAGAAAGUUGCAAAUUUUUUACUUCGGUACUUCCAUUAUUGGAUUCUUCAACACUUCACCUUAUUUGCUUCUUCGAGCUUCAUUCACAUUUUUAAUUAAUAACUGUAUUAAAUUUAGUUAACUUUUUGUUAUCAGUAUAACUAUAAUAAUUUAUGCGACAGCAUUGCGAUACAA